AUGGCUGAACUUGGCCAUGCGCUGCAAGAGGAGUGGGACAAACUCCCUCAAAACGUCAUUAGGAGAUUCAAACGCAGUAUGCCUCGUCGUGGGAAUUCCAGUAAGAUAAAGAAAGGCAGUAUAGGUGAUUUGUCAGUACUACAGCCUACACUGAUGGCUGCCGUUCCUGUGAUCAUGGAUAGGAUCUACAAGGGUGUGUGGGACAAAGUCAAUGACGGAGGGAAGUUCGGACAGGCCUUAUUUUCAUUCGCUUAUGAGUACAAGAGGAAACAGUUGGAGAAUGGAUAUGAUACACCUUUGCUUAACAAACUUGUCUUCAGCAAGAUCUGUAAGCUCCUGGGAGGGAAUGUGAGACUGAUGCUAUGUGGCGGAGCCCCCCUGUCAGAUGCAACACAGCGUUUCAUGAACAUCUGCUUCUGUUGUCCUGUUGGUCAGGGAUAUGGCCUCACAGAGACUUGUGGUGCAGGAACUGUCACGGAAGUGACAGACCUCAGCACAGGAAGGGUUGGGGCCCCACUGCAGUGCAGCGAGAUCAGACUGUGUGACUGGCCUGAAGGUAACUACACCAGUGCCGACAAGCCCUGUCCUCGCGGAGAGAUCCUGGUUGGUGGCGGCAAUGUCUCCAUGGGCUACUACAAGAAUGCAGAGAAGACCAAGGAAGACUUCACUGAGAUUGGUGGCAUAAGAUACUUCUGUACUGGAGAUAUCGGCCAGUUUGAUGGAGAUGGAUGUUUGAAAAUUAUAGAUCGUAAGAAGGACCUUGUGAAGCUCCAGGCAGGAGAGUAUGUGUCGCUGUCCAAGGUGGAGACCGCUGUGAAAGUGUCCCCCCUGGUGGACCAGAUCUGUGUGUGUGCCGACAGUCUCUACAACUACACAGUGGCACUGGUUGUCUCUAACCAGAAGAACCUGACCAAGCUAGCCCAGGAACUCAGCAUCAAUGGAGUGGAGUUCAACCAGCUGUGUCAGAACACCAGACUGGUCAAGGAUGUCCUCAAGAGGCUGUCCGUGUUGUCAGCUAAAUCAAAGCUAGAGAAGUUUGAGAUCCCCCAGAUGAUCAAGUUGUGCCCUGAAGGCUGGACACCAGAGGCUGGUCUGGUGACUGAUGCCUUCAAACUGAAGCGGAGAAACAUUGAGGCACAUUUCAAGGCUGACAUACGCUCCAUGUACAGUUGACAUUAAAGCCUACUUAAAGUGUGUUGUGUGGUGGGAGUGUUGACCAUAGAAGGGGCAAGUCACAUGGGAUAAAUGAGUAGAGACAACCACUCAAGGUUGAAACUAGUUCCACACAGUGUGAGUUACAUAUCCUAUAACGCUGAUUGGCUCUGGUGACUUACUGAUACUACAUGCACCAUUAACCAAUUGUCCUAGAUGUGCUAUACAGAACUAUAACUUAACUUUCCCCUUUUGCUUUUUAGCAUAGUUUAUAUAAGUAUUGUCUUUUAAGAUAUUUUCUGCUCAAGUUCAUGUUCCUACUUCUAUUCCCUCCAUCCCUUUGCUAAACUUUUUGUUGUUAAGUUUAAGAAUUUGAGUAUACAGUGUUACCCUCUAGUGUGUGAAACAUUCCAUGUGUUUAGUGGUAGCAGACAGUGUCUGGAUUACCUUGCUGUAGCCAGCGGUGAUAUUGCCGGGAAUACACUGUGACAAUGUUGCAGUGUGAAGUUAAUGUUGCUGUGUUGCAGUUUGAGUGUAGUGACAAGAGACAAUUUACUCGGUAGUAAAUUGUAUCCCAUUGUGUCUAGGUCCAUCUACACAUCGUUUCCCUUGGGAUUCCAGGUUACAAUUGAUCCCCAGCAACAUAUGCUUGUUGUAAGAGAGGCAAAUGAAAAGAUCAGGUGGUCAGAAGCAGUGACUUGGUUGAUUGCACAUCAUCAGCGUGGGAUGCUGCUCAUAAUAUCAGUCACUGGUUUGCCUUUAGUUCAAAUUUGAUAAUUAACAGGCCGCCAGCAUAAUGUUGCUGUAUUGAAGAGAUCAGUGUUAAACAAAAAACAAAGAAAAGCAUGUGUAGACAAAACUCUGACUUGCUUUAAACCUCUUUAUGUGUAUUAUAAGAUGCUACUUAUGAUGAGGGGCGGUCGGGUAGCCUAGUGGUUAAAGCGUUCGCUUGUCACGCGGAAGACCCGGGUUCGAUUCCCGACAUGGGUACAAUGUGUGAAGCCCAUUUCUGGUGUCCCCCGUCGCUAUAUUGC